AUGUACGAUAGUGUUUUAAGACUGAAGUUCCCCACAGGUGUUAAGAUCGUUGGCUUUGCCGACGACAUAACGCUGGAGGUUUACGGAGAGUCGAUUGAGGAAGUGGAACUUACGGCGGCCCACGCGAUCGCUAUGGUAGAGGAAUGGAUGAGCUCAAGGCAGCUGGGGCUAGCUCAUCACAAAACAGAUCCCAUUCUCAAUCUAAAUAAGAGUCCCAGUCCCAGUCUUGGUCCAAAUUCGAUUGCCGAUUCCGGUACCGGUCCCACUCCCAGUCUCAGUCCCAGUCCCAGUACCAGUCCUAAUUCAAAUCCCGGUUCCGGUACCCGUCCCAGUCUCAGUCUCGGCCCCAACCCCAGUCCCAGUCUUAAUUCCAAUCCCGGUUCCAGUACCAGUCCCGGUCCCAAUCUCAAUAAGAGUCUCAGUCUCAGUCCCAGUCCCAGUCCCGGCCCUAAUUCAAAGACGUUCUCCGGUAUCGGCACUCAUCCCAGUCGCAGUCCCAGUCCAAGUCUCAAUCCUAAUUCAAAUCCCGGUUCCGGUACCAGUCCCAGUCCCAAUCUCAAUCAGAGUCCCAUUCUCAUUCCCAGCCUCGGCCCUAACUCAAAUAGUCCCAGUCUCAGUCCCAGUCUCAGUCCCAGUUCCAGCCCUAAUUCAAAUGUCGGGUCCGGUACCGGUCCUAGUCCCAGUCUCAGCCCCAGUCGUAGUCCCCGUACCGGUGCCAGUCCCAGUCUCAGCCCCAUUCAGAGGCCCAGACCCAACCUUAUUUCAGAAUCCGGUUCCGGUACCAGUCCCAGUCCCAGUCUCUGUCUCAGUCCCAGUACCAGUUCCUGUCUCAGUCCAAGUCACGAUCCCGGUCCCAGUCCCGGUCCAAAUAAAAAUUCCACCCCGGUUCCGGUCCCAGUCCCAGUCCCACUUCCCAGUCUUAAUUCCACUCCCGGUACCAGUCCCAGUCCCGGCCUUUAUUCAAAUGCCGAUUCCAGAACCCGCCCCAGUCCUAGUAGCAGUUCCAGUCUCAGUCCUAAUUCCGCUUCCGUUACCUGUCUCAGUCCCAAUCUUAAUUUCAAUCCACUGCGGUAG